AUAUGAAACAUAAAAGAAGAGCUUUGAUGAUUGACAGGUGUUUGAGCAGCAGGUGAAUGGGUUCCUAGGCGCAUGCGCAGAGAGUGUCAAACACUUCGACACGACACAUUGUAAGGUCAUGGCUCGAAAAUAAUCGAAUCAGUGAAAUAUGAUUCAACGUUGCUUUACGCGAGGCUAAAUGUAACGGACUUGGACUAUAUUAUCAAACAAUUUCAUCAACACAGCGUACGAGCUAUUUCCCGCUGGUAGAGAAGCAAGAACAAUUGAAUGGAGAAAGGAAAGAAUAUUACGAUGAAAUGAACAAGCGGUUUCGUUCACGACUCAGUAUUAUUAAAACUAUCGUGACAUGAAGACAACGUGGCUCACAGUUUAACACACCAUCGAUGGCGUCCUUAGCUAAGCUUUUGUUUCGCAAGAAAAGGACAGAGUAUUCUUUAGGCUCGGGUUCUGAGCUCUCAAAAUGUCUCUCCACUUGGGAUUUGACUUCGUUAGGAAUCGGAGCUACAUUAGGAGCAGGUACCUAUGUAGUCUCAGGCCAGGUCGCGGCAAGUAUUGCGGGCCCUGCGGUCAUUAUAUCUUUCGCAAUAGCCGCAUUCGCGUCUAUAUUGUCAGGACUGUGUUACGCUGAGUUUGGUGCUCGCGUCCCCAAGACCACAGGCUCCGCUUAUGCGUAUAGUUACUACACGGUUGGCGAGAUUUGGGCGUUUUUUAUUGGCUGGAAUCUCAUUCUAGAAUACAUGAUCGGGACUGCGGCAGACGCGAGGGCACUUAGUGGAUGUUUCGAUUUCGUCAUUGGGUACGCCCUACGCAACUUCACACUAGAUAACAUUGGUGGCUUCCAUACGGUUGGGUUAGGGACUUACCCUGAUUUCCUCGGGUUCGCGGUAACGGUGGUGGUCACUAUUGUGCUGGCGAUAGGAGUCAAGCAAUCCUCCACCUUUACAGGGAUAUUCAACGUUCUUAACAUCCUCGUAGUUACGUUUAUCAUAGCAUGCGGACUAUUCUUCGUGGAUAUAAAGAACUGGACAAGUGGGCGUGGGUUCUUUCCGUAUGGCGGCUCCGGGGUGCUAAGUGGAGCUGCCACGUGCUUUUACGCUUUUGUUGGUUUUGAUAUCAUUGCCACAACGGGAGAGGAAGCGAAAAAUGCGACCAAAUCCAUCCCGAAGGCAAUCGUUGGAUCCCUAGUCGUAGUUUUUCUAUGUUAUUUUGGCGUCUCCGCCGUGCUGACAUUAAUGGUCCGGUUUGACCAGUUAGACAAACUCACUCCUAUCCCUAACGCAUUUGCGCAAAGGGGCAUUCCAGCCGCCAAGUAUAUAAUCGGUGUGGGAGCGGUCUGUGGUCUGGCAGCCAGCUUGCUUGGCUCCUUGUUUCCCUUACCUAGGAUUAUUUACGCUAUGGCAUCUGAUGGACUUCUGUUCCGGUUUCUUGCCAAAGUAAACCCCAAGUCUGAGGUUCCAGUCAUCGCUACCAUUUAUCCCGGGGUAUUGACAGCUGUGUUCGCACUUCUCUUUGAUUUGCAAGAACUCGUGGAAAUGAUGUCCAUAGGGACGUUAUUGGCCUACACACUGGUGUCCUUGUGUGUUUUGAUCCUGCGUUACCAGCCCGACGAGGAAAGCGUACCUGAGGACCUUUCAUCAUUUGUAUACCUCAACGGUCAUCUCACUUUGUCCGACGAUGGAGACGAAACAAUGGACGAGUUUGAUUAUGAACUGGUACAGGAGGGUGAAAAGUUACUGGCAAAGAGCCCAGAUAUGAAUGGCCACGCAAAGCUCACUAGCAGUCCGUAUAUAAAAAACCCAGACAAAGGACCGGAAAAGAAGCGGAAAAAGCGCGCAAGUCUGUACGACAAUCUCCCGACAGCACAAAGCGGUCGCCUCGUGACAUGCGCAGUUAUGUCCUUGUUCCUCUGGUUUUUUGGCUUUUGUAGUUUUAUUAUCUACGGGAUAGACGAGAUUUUUAGGUAUAACAUUCCUAUCAUUGCGCUUACGGUACUGUUCGGUGUACUGGGGAUAGUUUCUAUUGGUCUCAUAGCCUCUCAGCCUCAGAACCCACGCAAGAUCGAGUUCAUGGCUCCGCUAGUACCCGGUCUUCCUAUAAUGGCCAUCUUUUUCAAUAUCUUCCUGAUGCUCAAACUGUCGCGACUCACGUGGGUGAGAUUUGGUAUCUGGAUGGGUCUUGGCACGCUGUUGUACUUUGGUUACGGGAUAUGGCACAGCAAGGAAGGCAUUCGCCGGAAUGGAUCAUCUAGCGCAAGCAAACUGCUGCUCAGUGAAACACUCGACGACCUGGACAUAGCAUACGACAUGGAAAUCAUCCCAGCUCACCGCGAGGACUGGGAGAAAGACUCGCUCGAGGAUGAGACCUUUGACGCUAUUUGACGACGAUGAGGGCGAUGACGACCAAAGUGACGACGAUGAGGGUGAUGACGACUAAAGUGACGACGAUGAGGGUGAUGACGACUAAAGGGUUGAAGAUUAUGGUGAUGACGAUGCGGCUGAUAGCGGCGAAAGUGACGAUGAUGAUAAUAAUGACGAUGAGGACAAUCAUAAUGGAUAAAACAUUGUGAUAAUGUCUCGUUGCAGGAUACACAUAACAAAGGGGAUAGAACGCGCACAUUUUCAUACGCAACCCGCUCUAACAGGUCAUGAAAAACCUCGCCAUGUCACUAAACGAAGAGUAAUAAAAUAAGCGCGGGAUCGCGAUAAUUUCGCGGGUAGUGUAGAAGUAUCAGGUUCGCGAUAAUUUAGCGGUAAUGAAGAAGUAUCGCGGGUAGGAGAAGUACCGCGGCUAGUGGAAAAGUAUCGCGGUUGAAGCAUCCCGAGGAGGAAAAUGUUUGGCGGGUUGAAAAAAAAGUACGAAAGAUAUUUCUUUCAUAAAUUUAGGCAUUCCCAAAACAUUCCGUUUCAUUUUGGCCGAACCAUCGACUCCGGAAGCACUAAUGGUGAAAAUUUCGCAGUUACAUAGUUAAAAGAAAUGGACGCUUUUGUUCUACCGCGACAAUUUUCUCGCGACAAACCCGCAACAACCACCCGCAACCCGCGACAACCACCCGCAACUCGCGUCAUAAACCGCUAACCACGACGCCGGUGGGAUAUUUUCCACGUAUGAAAGAUAAAGUAGUCGUGUUACAUUUCAAUACGUCAUGUCAAAUUGGAGUCUGCAAUGCCCUUUUUUUGAGUUUUAUUAAAGAAUAAAUAUCCCAAAGAUACAAGAUCCCCAUUUUACCUUAAUCUAGUAUGUUUUAAAUAAUUCUCCGCUUUGUCUACACUUUUCGGCAUAGUCUUUCAGAAUUUCGGAAUUUGUCAUUUAUCAUGUUUUAUAAGUUUUAGAUCAAUAAAUGGUGUUGAAUAAAUGGUGUCACCAUAA